AUGGACAGAGAUGCAUUUAAAAAGGACAUUAAAAAGAAAUUAGAACCUAAACAAAUUCAACAACCACCGUUUCCUUCUUCUCAUCAAAUAGAAUAUCCCAUUGAAUAUGAUGGAAUUAUAAUUAGGACAUUAGAUGAUAUAAAUCAUUAUUUUUCAAACCCUGACCCAGAUUUACCAAAGAGCAUUUCGUCAAUCGUUGAUAAUCAAGGUUUAUUGUUUAAUGGAUAUAGAAUAAGAUUUGAAAAAUUUUACCCUUUAUUCAAAAUCGAUACAAAAGACUUUACAUUUACAACAACAGAUUUAAUGAAUGGUGGGGAUUCUGAUAUUGCCGAUCGCAAGGAUUUAGUAGAAUACUUAAAAUUUCUACAUCUAAUUAAAAAGACAGGACCCAACACAAAAAGAUUACAAGCAGUUGAAACAUAUUUAAAUAAAUAUGAAGAGGAUGUAGAUGAUUAUGGAGAAAAUUAUCCACCAAUCAUACAAGAAAUAGAUGAAUUCGAAGAUAUGGUAUGUGGACAAGGUAUGACGUUUUUAUCUGAUAAUAAUGAAGAAUUGCUUAAUAGAUUACGAGUAAUAUUAGCGGCAAUGAAGGAAGGACAUCGAUCACACAGACAAUAUACUGAAGUAAAUUAUAUAUUAAAAAGACUCCUAGAAAAAGGUAUCAUAGAUAAAAAUGAUUAUAAAAGCGUGAUUAAAAAUGUCAAAUAA